AUGGCAGCAGCACGACUGCCUCCCAGAUCACGCGGCAGUUGUGUUGCGUCGAGGGUUGCGGAGGCAAACUGCGCAGGCACGGUUUCCUCCGCAGCACCGGAUGGCUCCGAAGUGGCAGCUGCAGCAGCUCCCGCUGCAGAAGAAGAGGUCGACGAAGAGCUCGGCAAGACGGUUGGCAGCCUCCGAUUCUACCCCGUCUCCGAAGCAGCAGAAGCAGCAGCUGCAAGUCCAGCUGCCGCUCCUGCUGCUGCUGCUGCUGCUGCUGCUGCUGCUGCUGCUGCUGCAGGAGCUCCUCAAGAGUCUCGACAGACUGCUGCGGGAAGCAACAGAGCGAUGCCGAUGCCGAUGCCGCCUGCUGCAGCAGCAGCACAGCAACAGCAACAACUGCAUCUGCAGCAGCAACAGCAACAACUGCAUCUGCAACAGCAACAGCAACAACUGCAACAGCAACAAUAGCAACAACAGCAUCUGCAACAGCAACAGCAACAAUAG